UAAGGCGCGAGAAGCGGCAGCAGUCCCACCAGAGCACCGCGUGACGUCCACCGUCCCCGACCACGACCAGUCGUCUCCACCGUCCCCCACACCACGACGCGUCUUGUCCACUGUCUCCCACCACGACCAGUUGUCUCGUCCACUGUCUCGUACCACGACCAGUCGUCUCCACCGUCCCCCCCCCCACUACGACGCGUCUUGUCCACUGUCUCGCACCACGACCAGUCGUCUCCACUGUCCCACUACGACGCUGUCGGCCCCACCAUCUCCCGCCACGACGAGUCGUCUUAACCGUCCCACAACGCGUUACCCCUCCACGACGCCGAAGCCCACAUCACUACACGUCGCCCUCAUUACGACACGUCGCCUUCCAUACGACACGUCGCCUCCCCCCCCCCCCACCACGACGCAUCGCCCCCACCAUCUAUCGCUGUGCCACCCGCUUUGAUACGUUAUUAGACAAUAACAGUGAAACCUAAAAAUAUAAUGAAAUAAAAACAAGGCUAGCGCUAUUGUGACAUUUUUUCUUUUCAAAUCGAAUUUAAUCCAAUAGACAACACUCAAAUCAAGUUUCGCAAAAAAAGACCCAAAAUACAAGGAAUUAUUUAAUGAAAGAUACAUUUGAAACUGUAUUCAGCGAAGUGUUAAACUGUGAACACCAGCACCAUGUGUGUCAAGGUUGUAUAUCAGAGCACCGUCGCUCUUCUCAAUGGGUAAAUGUUGCUCCAAACCUCAAGAAGACUACAAAACCAAAAAGGAACCCCAGUUGGGUCUAUUAGAACUAGACCCCGGCGGCGGCGGCGGCGACGACGACGAAGACUUUAAUAUGACGGGAGGAGCGAUGAUAACUAGUAGAACUCCAGGCCGGUGGGGCGGGUCCCCUAGGGGAACAUCACCCACCAAGAAGGCCACCAUCGUCGCCGGCUCAGGCGUCCGUGCCUCCAAUACCAUCACCAUAACCAAAGGGCCGGCGGGGACCACUAACGCCGGGGCCAGAGUAACCAAGACCUUCCAGUUCAGCAGCAGCGGUGCCGCCACGGAGACGGUGACCUACAAUGGUCAGAUGGGUCACGGCAACAUGCGCUUCGUCACCACCAAGCACGGGUAUGUGAGCGGCGCGGUGACACGUACUUCCACCACCACCAAUGUCCCCGUGACAAUGACAACAACCCGUGUCGUCCCUAUCACAAUUACCUCUCGUGUCCCUACUGCCCGUGUCCCCACCGUAACCACCACCGCCCGUGUUCCUACCGCAGCGCCAGCCGCCCGUGUUCCCACCAUAACCACCACUGCCCGUGUUCCCGCCACAGCGCCAGCCGCCCGUGUCCCCACCAUAACCGCCCGUGUCCCCGUCACAACAACUUCCACCGCCGGUGUCCCCACCACCACCCUCACUAAUGAGCGCAAGAAACGUUCCUUCUUCGGCAUCUCAUCACCCUUCGGCCAAAGGAUGGGCAAGACGAAGACAGAGACUACUACUCGCACCUUCACCAAGGAUGGCACGCGGUACGAGGAGACGGUGGAGGUCGUGACUAAGGAGGACGAGGCUGGCAACGUGACCAAGACCACCAAGACCACCACCAGGGCCCUCGACCCCUACUCCACCUCCCAGCUGGCAGCCGCUAUUGACGACUCCCCCAAGCCCCGGAGAGCGCGGACCAAGUCCUCGUCGUCGUCGUCUUCCUCGUCUUCGCCAGACCGGGCCAAGUCCUCCAAGACCAGCGCUAAGCAGCAGAAGGUCGAGUCUGGGGGAGCCAAGUCUAGCAAGAGCGGGUUCCGGAUCAAGUUGAAGAGCGGUAAGGCUGACGAUGGGGACUCGAGCGAUGACGACGACUUCGCCAAGGGAGUCCACAAGAGUGUCAACGAGUACAGGACCAAGCACGGGGUGUCCAAGCUCAAGCUCAACAAGGAGAUGAACAAGUACGCUAAAGAAUGGGCGAAGAAGAUGGCGACUGAGGACAAGCUGGCUCUCCGUCCGGAUAACAAGUAUGGAGAAAAUGUCUUCUGCCUCAGCUCCAACACCAAGGAAUUCAAGGUGAAGCCGGAGCAGGUGGUGGACAAGUGGUAUGGGGAGAGCAAGGAACACAAGUUUGGAGAGGAGCCUCAAGGAACACGCCUAAAAUCGGGCCACUUCACGCAGAUGGUGUGGAAAGACACUACCCAGAUGGGCGUGGGCAAGGCGCGAACCGCCGCGGGCACCAAGGUCUUCGUAGUGGCCAACUUCGACCCUCAGGGCAACUGGAUGGGCCAGUUCGCUGACCAGGUCCCGCCUGUGGGCGGGUUCCCCAAGACGGCUUCUGCAGGAAAGUCUUCCCUGUUCAGUAGCAAGACACGCAAAGCCUCAUCCAGUGACUCUGACAGCGACGAGGACGACUUCGCUAAAGAAUGCCUCAAGUCCCACAACGACUAUCGUGCUAAGCAUGGAGCGCCUCCCCUCAAGCUCAGCAAGAAGCUGAGCAAGUAUGCCGAGGAGUGGGCCAAGACUAUAGCCAAGAAGGAGACGCUCCAACAUCGUCCAAACAACAGUUAUGGUGAGAAUUUGUACUGUGCAUGGUCAUCCAACCCAAAGCACAAGAUCAAAGGAAGUGAAGCUGUGGACUCAUGGUACAGUGAGAUUAAGGACUUCACCUUCGGCAGAGAACCCAGUGACCUCAGGGCUGGUCACUUUACACAAGUGGUGUGGAUGGACAGUACGGAGCUGGGUGUGGCCAUUGCUCGCUCGAAGUCCGGCAAGAUCUUUGUGGUGGCUAACUAUAGCCCAGCUGGAAACUUUGUGGGCAGCUUCGCCACCAAGGUCCCUCGACUCAAGUAAGGAGGCUCCUAGACGAUCAAAGAAUAUGCCACAACAUGAAAGUGCUGGAGGUGUUUGGACCGCCACCCACCGCACCAAUCGGAAAAUCGCAACACCUGCUUCCCAAACUUUGAAUGGAAAAGGGGUAGUAGGAUUGCCUCAGGCACAUCCUGUGGUGCUAGUAAUGCUACUCUAUGGCCAAAGAAUAUAUUAGUGAGGUGUCGGUCUUCAAGCCGUGGCUCAGUGACCCGGCAUCUUUUCUUUGGUUAUUCUUCGACGAUGGUUGAACAUCAUCCUUGGCUCUCCAAUACACUCACACGAGAUUAUCUCUCGACAUCUUUCUAGCUCCGUCACACAGUACAUAAUGCUGUAUUACAUAAAAUAAAUUUGUAUCUAUGUUUAAAGUACUGUAAUAGGAUUUUGUAUUGUCAGUAGUUGCUCAAUAUGUUUGUAAUUUUGUAUCAGGUUUGAUAAGUAUUGUAUACUUGUUUUUAUACACACUUUGGCACUGUGUUGAAUGCGAAUUAUAGGUAUUUAUAAAAUAAAAGACAACAGAUUUCAGUCAUUAAAUAUAUGAAGCUAUCAUUAACUGUUAUGCUUAAUUCCUCACCUUUGUUAUUAUCUGGUUCAAGUAAUUUUUGUAAGCUUUAUCCUCAUGGUGCUCAUAUACAUGCUAGUUACUCACAUAGUUGCUAUUUACUCAUUUUGUGGCGACGAGGAUCACUACACUACUGCAGAAGGAAGAGUCUCAACCAUGAGACAUUCUAAUAUCAUUUCCAGGAGAUACAGAGUGCUGAGCGUGCCACUGUCACGUCAUGCGUUGUACUGUAAUCCUAUAUAUACAUAUAAAUACAAACGAUUCCUGACUAUUUAAUCAUUCUCUAAAAUGUAUAACCUAUUGUAUAAAUAAUUACCUAAAAUGUAUAAUCUUUUGUAUAGAUAAUUCCCUAAAAUGUAUAACGUAUUGUAUAAUAUAAUGUAUUCUGAGGUGUCCCUCCAAAGAGGCUAUAUUAACAAGAUUCGGCAAAUAUUGGAAUGACGGAAGCUGGUUGAAAGUUUAGUGAGAUGAGGUAUUGGACCACUCCUCACAUCUCAAUCACCUCUCACUCAAGUCAUGUCUCUACCUGAUAAUCAAAAUCUUAGUAUGGAGUAAUCCUUUCGUUAUUCUAAGUUUUGCUGUCUUUGUUAUUUAUUCACAUUGUAGCCUAAGAACAAUUUGCAUGUAAUUAUACCAAUAUAAUUAUUCCAUAUGGCCUGUGAUUGAUUAGGUUUAAUAUAAAGUAAAAUCGAAA